AGCACUUAAAACACAUGCAUGCAACAGUACUCUGUCUCCGACAUACAGCACCAACUUGGAAAAUCAAAUCAAAACCCUGAUCCAUUGUGAGAACAAGGUUCAAUGGAAGCUCUCAGAGCCUCCUCGUUUUCUUUAUUUCAAUUCACAACGAUCCCAGCUAGACUUCCCAGACCCCGAUUCGAAAAACCCAUGUUGAAUUUCCCAAUCAACCAUCGACCCAAUUCAUAUAUCUCAUCAACGUCCCACCAUAAAGAACCAGAAUCCAGGCUUUUUACGGCCGCAUCGCCGGCUGUUUCCACAGUAAUCCAUGACAGCCAACAAGGGGAGAAGUUCGACUGGUACGCGCAGUGGUAUCCGAUUAUGCCGGUAUGCGACCUGGACAAGAGGGUACCGCACGCAAAGAGAGUGAUGGGUCUUGAUGUGGUGGUGUGGUGGGAUAGGAAUGAGAGUGCCUGGAAGGUGCUUGAUGAUAGGUGCCCUCAUAGGUUGGCUCCAUUGUCUGAAGGAAGGAUUGAUCAGUGGGGGAGGUUGCAAUGUGUGUACCAUGGUUGGUGUUUCAAUGGUUCUGGUGAUUGUAAGUUCAUUCCUCAGGCACCCCCAGAAGGACCUCCGGUCCACACAUUCAAAAAUGCGCGUGUUGCUGUUUAUCCCAGUACAGUGCAAAAUGACAUUGUUUGGUUUUGGCCAAACUCAGAUCCUCAACACAAAGAUAUCCUCGAGAAGCAAAAACCACCAUAUAUGCCAGAAUUGGACGACCCAUCAUAUACUAAAUCAAUGGGAAAUAGAGAAAUACCAUAUGGGUAUGAGGUUUUGAUUGAAAAUCUUAUGGACCCUGCUCACGUUCCAUAUGCACAUUAUGGCAUGAUGCAAGUUCCAAGUCCUAAAGACAGUGUGAAGGCCGAUAGAGAAGGGGGGCGACCACUUGAAAUUAGCAUUAAGAAAUCAGACCUCAAUGGUUUUAUUGCAAGGCAGGAGGCAGCCGACACCAGAUUUAUUGCACCUUGUGUUUUUUCCGCUUUUACCUCUCUUGGUGCUGAUCAAAGUAAAGGAUCUGCGUCACCAGCUGAGACCAAAGAGGUAAACCAGGAGCCAUCUUCACCUGUGUCACAACGAAGACUUGUUUUUAAUUUUAUCUGUGUUCCAGUUAGUCCGGGUAAUAGCAGAUUAAUAUGGGCCUCUGCGAGAAACUUUGGAGUUUGGAUUGAUCGAAUUGUUCCACGAUGGAUGUUUCAUCUUGGCCAAAACUUACUAUUAGAUUCAGACCUUUAUCUUCUACAUCUGGAGGAACGGAAGAUAAUGGACACCGGUCCUUCAAAUUGGCAAAAAGCUUGUUUUGUGCCGACGAAGUCCGAUGCCCAGGUUGUCGGUUUUCGAAGGUGGUUAAUCAAGCAUGCAGGUGGUCAAGUUGAUUGGGGAGCGAAGUUCAGCGGAACCCUUCCCCCUUCUCCGCCAGGAGAACAGCUACUGGACAGGUAUUGGUCCCACGUCACGAAUUGCAGCAGCUGCAGGGUUGCAUAUAAAGGCCUUAACACGCUUGAGAUCGCGUUACAAGUCAUCGCGUUCGCUUCUGGUGGGAUCGUUGCUGCAGUUAAGCAGGAAAUGUUAUCAUCGGCUGCGCAAAAUACUCUAGUUGCCAUUGCAGUUCUGUGCUUUGUGGGUUCAAGGUGGUUGUCUCACUUUGUCUACAAAAAUUUCCAUUACCAUGACUGUAACCACGCCGUUCGCUGAAACUCUGUUUCGUGUACAUCAGUUUGAUCGAUACCGCAACAUUCGUGUAUGUACACUUGCAUGAACACUA